UUAAGUCAGAAUAAACUUCACUUUGUAGUAUAUCCCCUCAUCCUUAGAGUUAAGUCUACAUUUAUAGCUGGUACUUAUUAUAAAUCAAUUAUAGCCUACAGCCCCUCUCCACCUUAUGCCUGCCUGUUAUCCAAGACCUAUCCAAGAUCCCCCAGAAAUCCCAGAUAAAAAUUGAGUUUAUAGGGCUUCAAUUCCCUCCUAUCUCUACUAAUCCUCUCAAAUAAAAUUUAAAAUAUUUUUUUCCUUUUAAAAGAAUUGGACGGCAAAAUUGACGGUAUUCAAAUAGGGGAAGUUGUUCGCGCCUGUGGCUUAAAACCAACAAAUGCAAUGGUUUGGAAAGCUGCCGGGCAAGAAUACAAACGAAAAGGUGAAAAACGUUUAACAUUUGAAGAAUGGCUGCCAAUUUUUGACCAACUUUCUAAAGAAAAAGAAGUUGGAAGUUAUGCAGAUUUUAUGGAAGGACUUAAAGUUUUUGAUAAAGAUGAAAGUGGAAAAAUUAUGGCAGCUGAAUUGAGGCAUGUAUUAUUGGCGUUGGGAGAGCGUCUCAAUACUGAAGAAGUUGAUGAACUUUUACAAGGAGUUGAGGAUGGAGAGGGAAUGGUUAAUUAUGAUCGAUGA